UGGCCGCGUCGGCGCUCUGGCAGUGACCGCCGCCAUCGAUGCGGCGAUCGUGGGAGGGGUCCCAGGCGCCGCAGGUUCAGCCGCAGUUCUAUAUGUGAGCGGUCGCGUUGCUCCGGGCGGUCAUGGAUGUUGGCGCUUACCUGGAGCGGAUCCGCUUCGUGGGCAGCACAGCCCCCAGCGCGGCCUCGCUCCGCGCCCUCCACCGUGCCCACGUGCUGUCCGUGCCGUUCGAGAGCCUCAGCAUCCACUGUGGGGAGCCCAUAACCUUGGACCUGGAGAAGAUCUACCGCAAGCUUGUGAAGAAACGACGAGGAGGCUUCUGCUACGAGAACAACGGCCUCUUCUCCUGGCUGCUGCGGCAGUUGGGAUUCCAGGUGACCCUGUGUUCAGCUCGUGUGCUGAGCCCCUUCACUCACAGGUAUGGCCCACCGUUUGAUCACCUAAUUAUCCUCGUGACACUGGGUGCAACGGAUGGCCAGGAGAAGCGUCCAUCGGCUCUUCCGUCGGGGGAGCGACAGCUCGAGAGGUUCGUGGUGGAUGUUGGCUUUGGGAACGGCAUGCGGGAGCCUCUGGAGAUGGAGAGUGGGCGGGAGAGCGAGCAGGAGUCGGGGACGUACCGGCUGCGCAGCGACCACCCUGCCGGCUGGUGGAACCUGGAGGAGGCCACAAUGGAGGAGGCCGGCAGUGACGGGAUGGACCGACUCGUGGAUAAUCAGCCAUCUGAUAUGGAGGACCAUCAGGGCUGGAGAGUGCUUUACAAGUUCGAAGCAAAGCCACGGGAAUUUCUGGAUUUCUCAGACAUGUGCCAGUACCACCAGACCUCUCUGUGCUCUGUGUUUGUAUGUAAAUCUCUGUGCGCCCUUCACACACCUCAAGGUUGGGUCACCUACAUGGGCCGACAUCUCACCAGCACCACCGUCACUCCGGCGCGGGACCAUCGAGUCCGCAGGAAGAGUAAAGCCGUCCGUGAGCUUUCCGAUGAAGAGAUCCCCAUCGUGUUGAGGGACCUCUUUGGAGUCGUUCUCCAAAAUCCUUUGGUGCCAAAAGAUGAGGCAAUAAUCCCUCCAGACUGUGAUCAGAUUUAACCCUUGGAAUUCAUUAAAUAUAGACGUUUAUUUGUUCCAGCUCUGCAGUCAAUCAAUAUAUAUUUUAUUAAACACGUUUGAACAGUCACAACGAAGGGCACGCUAUAUGCCAGUACGGUUGGCAGGUUUGGAAAUUGCGCCCCUCUGGUUUGGCUUCAUUCCCUAACUGGAACUUGUUUGGGUACACACAGUUAAUGUUCGGGUACAAACGGUCCAUUCUCUAAUCAAGUCAGGGAAUGGGGGCGGGUGAAGGUGGGGGUAUGAAAAAAAUAAUGAGCAAUAAAAGAAGAAAGGAACAAGGUGCAUCAAUGCUUUGAAUGUUUCAAAUAAUAGAAUAAUACAUUUUACUUAUUUAGUGCUCUUCUUGCAUGUGAAAGAAGACUGGCCCUUUCACGGGUCCACACCUUUGUUCUCACUCUCUCCCGCAACCCCCCAAACUCCGCCUUCUGCUCCCUCUUUUAACCUCUUCCUGGCUAUGCCCCUCGUCGCACUCCUCCACCAAUCUUACCCGAACCUGGCCUAACCAUGCCAACUGAUGCUCAUCCAACCUGCCAGCUCUUUUCCCUUUUGAACGUUCCGGCCAAUCGCCUUGGCUCCCCAUGCCCUAACCAAUCAGAGCGUGCAGUCUUUGCUCCACCCUUCUUGAUUACUCUCGUCCCAGGGAUCGUGUGGGACAAACACUUCACAUGGAAUAAGCAUAAACACCUCGCAAAUACAGUUUCUAAAAAUAAUAAAAGGAGGGAAAGAGCAUGAAAAUAAAAUUAGAUGAAAGCCUUCUUUAAUAGUAACGUUUAAGUGGAGUCAUAAAAAUCUCAAUUGAGGCCAAAUCCCCUGAUGUCUUUUGGCAAAGCGUUCCAGAGUCGAGGGGCUACGUCGGCCACAGCCCGAUCCCCCAUAGAGAGGAGCCUCAACCUGGGAGUGAAGAGGAGCUCCAGGUUCUCACAUCGAGAUCUCGAUGGAGCAUCAGGGGGCAAAGCAAUUCAUGGCGGUAGUAUGGUGCUAAAUUAUUUCGGCCCCUCCUUCCGGUGGUGUCAUCACCCCUCUUCUCUCUCGGUGCUUUCCUCUUGAGGUCUUAAUCAUCAGAUCACCCACCAUUUGCAUAAUGCCUCAUCAACUUCUUCAAGGCCGGAGAGCAUGAUGUGAGACCAUCUCUCCGUCACCCCACUGACUGCCAUCUGCCGGCUCACAACACAGAUGGGGAGUGCUCGCCCUGACCAUUCCACAACAUUGUCUUCUCAGCAGUCCAACGCCUUGAGAGCGAUGGUUAUGCAGAGUUGUCUGCCUCUUAUGAUAAGACACAGACGAGAUGGUGGACGUAUUAAUAACAUACAAUACAUCUGAAAGGUUUCGUGACUGCAGGAAUUCAUACUCUUUGAGUCUUUCGGUAAAGUCACGU